AUGAAACCCGCAACCCUUCGACCACAGGCUGAACCGUGGAAACCCAGAAACCCCGAAGUAGCAUCACCGCAUAAAACAUCCUAUGCUCUUUUGCCACAGCCACAGCCACAGCCACAACAACAACCACCACAACCACAACCACAACUUGGGCUGACAUCAGAGUCAAGUAGUGCUCCGUCGAUAAGUUCUACAGCGGCAAAGCUUUUUGUAGGUCAACUUCCCUUUGAGAGUGAUGAAAAUCGACUCUAUGAACUCUUCAGCGCCUACGGUACGGUUGAGCAGAUCCACAUUUUACGCGAUCUGAAUAACCGUAGUAAGGGUGCUGCCUUUGUUACGUACUCAAGUGUGGAGGAGGCAGAUACAGCCAUUUUCACACUUCAUAAUCGGUACAAAAUGCUUGCGAACCGUAUGAUUCAAGUGAGCUAUGCUAAGAACAGUCCAAAUAUUUCUCCAUUCGGAGUCUGUUCUGCCAUUACGGUGCAUCAAAUGAACCCUACAAAUCCUGUGCCGGACAUUGCAAAUGUGACUUCCGACCGAGGCCGGUUCUAG